AUGAUAACUCUGACAAUAUACGAUAUUUAUUGCGUGCCAACGUUUGUGAGUUUUGUGUCUUUAUGUGCAAUUUUUUCUAACUAAUCUUUUCAUUUAAUUAAAUUAUGAAUUUGAAAAUUAUAAAAAAAAAGCACGUAAAGAAUAAAAAACAAAAAGGAAAAUUUUAAAAAGUAUAAUAAUAUAAUGAUUGCUACCAUUUAUUUCCAUCAAGGAAGAGAAACAAAGAAAUUGUGCAAGUGUAUGUGAAAAUAGAUAAAAAGGAGAGACAAAGUCUUAAGGAUUUGUAGCAUUCCCAUAAAUUACUGCCAAUUUAAUGUCUAUUUCCUUAUUAUUCUGUUUUUGUUUUUGACGGUUUGUAAAAAACAAAAGAAAAAGACGAUAAACGGAGCAUCUUGUACUGUUUCGACUUUUCUUUCGAUUACCUGUAACGCACCUAAUAAUAUUAAGCGAAUAAUCUCCGUCUGUGUUUGUUUAUGUAGCGCUGAAAGCUAUUGCCAAAUUAAAUCAAAUUCAAGUGAAAGUUUCUGCAAGUUAAAAAAAAAAAAAAACAUGAAUAACUGUGCUUAAUUAAAAAGGUUACGAUUUGAUGUGAGAAAAGCUGUCGUUCCGCAUCCCUCGUGCGAUGAGUUAAUUGCUUAUGAAUGAAUUCCACUGUAAUAAUUCCUUUUUAAUUUUUUUGUACAUUAAUUUACGUAAUUUAUUGUCUCUUCACGUCUCAGUCUUAUCUAUAAUACAAAAAAACACUUAAUAAGUAAUCUAUAGAGCGAACGGUAGCUUAAAAAACAUUUGAACAUUAUAUGAAUUAUAAUCAAUGUUUUUCCAUUUACAACAACAUUUUAUUAUGUGUUGCAUGAGUUCCUAGUGUAAAAGUAAAACAAUUAAAAUUGAGCGUUGCCCGAUUUUCCUGGACUUUUUUAAGCAUAAAUAUAUAAAAAUACUUCAAGAUGGGGUUGCUAAUAUCAAAAUUAUGGAGUAUGUUUGGUAACGAAGAACAUAAACUCGUUAUGGUUGGUUUGGAUAAUGCCGGCAAGACGACUAUACUUUAUCAAUUUUUAAUGAACGAAGUUGUUCAUACAAGUCCGACAAUCGGUUCAAAUGUGGAAGAGGUCGUUUGGCGAAAUAUACAUUUUUUGGUAUGGGAUUUAGGUGGACAACAAAGUUUACGGGCAGCUUGGAGUACAUAUUAUACAAAUACCGAAUUUAUUAUAAUGGUAAUUGAUUCAACGGAUCGUGAACGUUUGGCUGUGACACGUGAAGAACUGUAUCGUAUGUUACAACAUGAAGAUUUAAGUAAAGCCAGCCUUUUAGUGUACGCCAAUAAACAAGAUUUAAAAGGCUCUAUGUCGGCAGCUGAAAUAUCACGUCAACUGGAUUUAACAUCAAUUAAAAAGCAUCAGUGGCAUAUACAAGCUUGUUGUGCUUUAACUGGAGAAGGUCUUUAUCAGGGCCUUGAAUGGAUCGUACAACGCAUCAAAAAGAAAUGACAAAACCAUCAUGGAUUGCAAUAGCUUAUAGUGAAAUCCUCAAGUUUUUUCUUUUCUUAAAUUUAAAAGUAUAAAACUGAAAGAAAACAAAACGCCCAUUUUUCCCGGAAUAUGUGAAAAAAAUAUUUUCUGUUUUUUUAUAAUGCGUAGAAAUAUACAUAAAUGCUUAGAAAUAUUACAAACGUGUGCAUUAGGUAUUAAGUGAGAACUUGAUGAAUUGUAAUCAAUUAAUAUUUAUAAAGAAUUAUGUAUGUAAUAUAUUAAGUCACAAAAAAGAAAUUGUAAAAAAAAUUUU